AUAUAAAAGAAGAGACUAUUAUUAGAGUGGAACAAGUGUUUGACAGUCUAUUAAAAUCAAAACAAAUGCUUAAUGAUUUAUAUCAGUGUGCACGCUCCAUUUCAGAUAAUAUUUGUAACAAAAUUAUCAAUGUUAAUGAAAAAGCGACAAAUCUUAUACAUGAACUAAAAGAAUGUCUUAUUAAAAUAAGCAGUGGCACAGAAAAAUUUAAUGAAAAAGCGAUAAAUUUUAGUCAGGAAUUAAGAGAAUGUCUUAUUAAAAUACGCAGUGGCACAGAAAAAGUUAAUAUACUUGAAAGCAAAAUAGAACAAUUAGAAAAUAGCAUAUUAUCGAAGGAUUCAGUUAUGGGAUUCAUCAAUAAACACCGAUCAAUUUUUAUAAAAACCGAAUUGAUAUCAGUAUUAACGACGAAUAAA